AUGAGCCCUUCCAUUUCCACGUCCAACACCAGCAGCACCAAGUCCUCCUCCACCACCACCAUCCCCACCAUCAAUCCCUCUGCCUCCUCUUCCUCCUCCUCCUCUGGCCAGAGCGGUACGGCCAACUCUGCCUGCGCCGCUUGCCGCCACCAGCGCCGCCGCUGCAAGCCCGACUGCACCCUCGCCCCCUACUUCCCCGCAAACGACCAGCACAAGUUCCUCAACGCCCACCGCCUCUUCGGCGUCAGCAACAUCAUCAAGAUCAUCGCCAACCUCGACCCGCUCCAGCGCAACGAGGCCAUGCGCACCAUCAUCUUCCAGUCCGACAUGCGCGCCCAGGACCCCGUCGGCGGCUGCUACCAACUCAUCCAGGACCUCGAUAACCAGAUCAAGCACCACGUCGCCGAGCUCCAACUCGUCCACCGCCAUCUCUCCAUCUGCCGCGCUCAGGCCGCCGCCGCCGCAGCAGCAGCAGCGGCCCAGGCUUCCGAUCUCGACGUCGUCGGGCCCGGCUCGUUGCUCCCAGUCUCCGGCGCCGCCCAAGACGUCGUCCUCGACCCCGACACGGCCGUCAACAUCUACGAAGCCAAUCUCUACUCUGCUUCCAUGAACAACAACCUGAGCCAACAGCAGCACGAGCAGCAACAAUUCUACAACAAUAACUACUUCUGCUUCGACAACAUCAACGGCAAUAAUCACAAUAACGGCAAUUGCAUCGACGUCCACAGUGAUGCCUGUGAUCAUAAUCUGCUGAGCACUCUUCAACAGCAGCAACAACAUCACCAAUGCGUGGUCGGAGAUGACGAAGAAGUGAAGCCAUUGGUGGACAUGUUCGAGGUCAGAACGUUGAUUUCGGCGGACGACGAUAGAGAUUCAUCUGGGAACAAUGUUGCUUCCACUUCCAGUGAUCAGGUCAAUGGCUCUGAUCUCCAUGGACUCAGCUUGGAGCUAAAAGAGGAGGUGUUAAAUCAAGUGGCACAGGAGCAUGAUCUGAAGGGUGCUGCAUCUUUGUUUACCCUAACGAACUUUAGUUCUUCAGUCCUAUGA